AUGUCUGCUCCGCUGUAUAAGAAAGCUCUCAUUAUCGGUGCCACAUCAGGCAUCGGCGAAUCGCUUGCCAUCAAGCUCGUCUCUCAAGGCACCAAAGUGGUUCUCGUCGGGCGACGUCAAGAGCGACUGACGGGUCUCGUCAGCAAACUUAGCUCUGAAAACGCCUCAUCAGUACAAUUUGACAUCACUAAACUAUCCGAAAUCUCCGCUUUUGCAUCCAAAGUCACCUCUGAAAACCCAGACAUUGACGCCGUCAUCUUAAACUCCGGCAUCCAGCGGCCCUUCAACUUUGCAGAUGCAAAAUCUGUCAAUCUCGACAUCUUCCAGGAGGAGUUAUUGACCAACUACACCAGCUUUGUCCACCUCACAUUAGCAUUCCUGCCAUUCCUACAGGCGCAAGAGACGACGACUCAUCUAGUUUAUCUCAGCGCGACGCUUGGCCUUGUUCCUACCUUGUUGAGGACUGGUGGAUACAAUGCUUCCAAGGCAGCGCUGCACCAUUGGAUCUUGGUGUUCCGCGAGCAGCUGAAAGCACAACCAGACAAUAAAAUCAAAGUAGUAGAGGUCUUCCCACCCGCCGUGCAGACUGAAUUGCACGACACACACCAUCAACCGGACCUAAAAGACGGCCAUCUGAUCGGCAUGCCGCUGCAGCAAUUUACUGACGAGACAUACGAAGAGCUGGUGAAGGGUGAAGACCAGUUUGGCAUUGGUAUGGCAAAGAAAACGGUAGAUGGUAUCGAAAAGGAGCGAGUCAAGUUGUUCCAGGAGCAGUAUCCAGUGAUCACAAACGUGUUGUCACCACCGUCAAGCUCACCAAUGCAGUGGCCCCGCCAUGAUCUGGGCGUCGGCGAUCAAUGGACGACCCCACUCUUCUCUCGUUCUUUUAUUGAAAUUUUUGCGACGUUCUCUGCGACCAUGACGUCAUCUCCGCAUUAUCUAACCGGCGAUCCGACGGCGCUGAAUGAAUUCAUUGACAAAUUUGAUGUCUUCCUUUUUGAUUGCGAUGGAGUGCUAUGGUCUGGCGAUCAUGUGUUCCCAGGCACUGCAGACACUCUCGAGUUCCUGAGAAGUAGAGGGAAGCAGGUUGUCUUCGUCACCAAUAACAGCACCAAAUCCCGCGCCGACUAUAAGAAGAAACUCGACGCUCUGAGUAUUCCCAGCAACGUGGAAGAGAUUUUCGGUUCGUCCUACAGCGCCUCCGUCUACAUCUCCCGCAUCCUCAAACUCCCCGAAAACAAGCGUAAAGUCUUCGUAGUAGGCGAAUCUGGUAUCGAGCAGGAAUUGCGAAACGAGAACGUCCCAUUCAUCGGCGGCACAGACCCGGCUUUUCGACGCGACUUCAAACCUGAGGACUACGGCUUGAUAGCCAAGGGCGAUCCGUCAAUGAUAGAUCCCGAAGUCGGCGUUGUUUUGGUCGGUCUGGAUUUUCACUUGAACUAUUUGAAGAUGUCGCUGGCAUACAAUUACAUCCGUCGUGGUGCCGUGUUUCUGGCGACGAAUAUAGAUAGUACGCUGCCAAAUCAAGGCGGGUUGUUCCCUGGCGCAGGCUCGAUUAGCGCUCCGUUGAUUAUGAUGCUGGGCAAAGACCCGGUCGCCCUGGGUAAGCCUAGUCAAGCGAUGAUGGAUGCUAUUGAAGGGAAAUUCCAUUUUGAUCGCAGCCGUACUUGUAUGGUUGGUGAUCGAACAAACACCGAUAUUCGAUUCGGUAUAGAAGGGAAGUUAGGUGGUACAUUGGCUGUGUUGACGGGUGUCAGCACCAAGGAUGACAUUCUUCAUGGUGAGGUUCGGCCCGCAGCCUACCUUGACAAGUUGAGCGACUUGUUGAGUGCGAGACAAUGA